UAAUUUAUUAUUUUUUUUCCCGCUCCAGAGGUCCAGAUGUUCGUCUGCAACAAGGAGGUGUACGGCUUCCUGCCGGUGCCGCUGAGGUCGCACAGCACCUUGCGGGACGAGGUGGAGAGCUUCAUGCACGUCCAGCUGGAGAUCAUGGUGAAGAACCCCCCGGCAGAGCCCUCGCAGUACCUGUCGGUGCCCCCCAAGAUCCCCGACAAGAUGGGCUUUGACGAGGUCUUCAUGAUCAACCUGAAGCGCCGGGCGGACCGUCGGGAGCGCAUGCUGCGGACCUUGUACGAGCAGGAGAUCGAGUGCAAGGUGGUCGAGGCGGUGGAUGGGAAAGCCAUGAACAGCAGCGAGGUGGAAGCGCUGGGCAUCAAAAUGCUGCCGGGCUACAAGGACCCCUACCACGGCCGGCCGCUCACCAAGGGGGAGCUGGGCUGCUUCCUCAGCCACUACAAGAUCUGGAAGGAGGUGAGCGGGGCUCGGGGGUGGGGGGCUUCGGCCACCCCGGGUGCCUCGGCG